GAAUGUGUAAAAAUCAGGCAUCGCUUAUUGUCAGCUGGUGAAUGUGUCUUCGGUCUUGGGCUUUCUAUUCCUGAUUUGUUCGGUUUUCCUUUGGAACACAAACAGAAAUUCAUUUUAUUUUUAUUUUUUAAAAAUUAGUAUUAAUUACAGAGAUCAACUUCUAACGGGUUGUUAGCCCAUAAAGGGCCCAACACUCAUCCACGCCUUUUCACGAGUCCUCUGAACCCUAUAUUUCGGAACUUCAUUGCUUCAACUCCUCAGAUUUUGGAAUUGUACAGCGCCGUAGCCAUGGGGGCGUACAAGUACGUGUCGGAGCUAUGGAGGAAGAAGCAGUCGGACGUGAUGAGGUUUCUGCAGAGGGUGAGGUGUUGGGAGUAUCGCCAGCAGCCUUCCAUUGUUCGUCUCACUCGUCCCACUCGUCCCGACAAGGCUCGUCGUCUCGGCUACAAGGCCAAGCAGGGAUUCGUGGUGUACCGGGUACGAGUGAGGCGUGGAGGUCGGAAGAGGCCUGUUCCUAAGGGUAUUGUGUAUGGGAAACCCACAAACCAGGGAGUUACCCAACUCAAGUUCCAACGCAGCAAGAGAUCCGUUGCUGAGGAACGUGCUGGUCGCAAAUUGGGCGGCCUUAGGGUCCUCAACUCUUACUGGAUCAAUGAGGAUUCCACAUACAAGUACUACGAGGUGAUACUGGUGGACACUGCACACAGUGCCAUCCGGAAUGACCCGAGAGUAAACUGGAUAUGCAACCCGGUUCACAAGCACAGGGAACUCAGAGGGCUCACCUCGGAGGGAAAGAAGAACAGAGGUCUCCGUGGAAAGGGACACCUCUACCACAAGAACCGCCCGUCUCGGAGAGCCACCUGGAAGAGGAACAACACCCUCUCCCUCCGCCGCUACCGCUGAUUUUCAUUUCACUGGAAAAUUUUGUUGUUUUUUCCCAAUGGUAACCUGUGUUCUUUGGAAAUUCAGAAACUUAAAAGGGCCAGUUUAGUUUGUACAAACAUUACUUCGAACAGAUUUUCAUAGUAUUUGAUCAUUGUGGUUUACAUUUUUGUUUCA